GGUUGAGAUAGAAGAAGGGCCCUUAGAGCAGACUACAGGGCCACUAUGAUCUCUGAAUUCUUUUGCCUCCUCUGCCUUGGGCUGUGCGCUGGCCAAGGAAGCAGGGGGACUGACGAGCCCCUUCCCAAGCCCACCCUCAGGGCCUGGCCCAGCUGGGUGGUGCCUCCCAGAAGCAGUGUAAGGCUGCGAUGUCAAACCCCGACCAAGAAUGUCAACUUUGCUCUCAGGAAGGGAAAUAUUCUUUUGGAUUUUUCGCGAUCACCGACUUCCAAGAAGGGCCUGGCUGAAUUUCACCUCACUGGCCUAAGAACCAGCCACGCUGGAGACUACACCUGUGAGUGCUACAGACCAGGGGCCCCGGACAUAAGAUCACCGCCCAGUGAGGUCAUCCUGCUGCUGGUGACAGGAGGUCUCCCUAAACCUUCCCUGCAAGCCCACCAAAGGGGUGUGGUGACCGCAGGAGACGAUGUGACCCUGCAGUGCCAGAGGCCAGACAAUGUUUUCGGGCCCAUGAGGUUCGCUCUGCUGAAGGCGGGAACGGCAGGGCCCAUCCGGCUCCGGACCCCAGUCGGCAAGGAGGCGGACUUCUCCCUGCAGACCGUGACAGUCGGGGACGCCGGGAACUACAGCUGUGUCUACUUCCAGACCGGGACUCCUUUCUGGGCCUCACAGCCUAGCGAUCGUCUUGAGAUCCGGGUGAGAGUCCCCCCAGGUGCCAUAUCGAGGGACUACACCACGGGCAACCUCAUCCGCCUGGGUCUGGCUUCCCUAGUUGUGGUUAUUAUGGGCGCUGUCCUGCUGGAAGCCUGGUGCAGCCAGAAGGAGUCUCCACCUGGAUCCAUGUAGAACAGCUGAGCACUUGUCUUGUUCAUGGGCUGGUAUAGUGACACAGGGUUCUCUGAACACCAAACUCCACCAUGGGGACAUGCUGUGUUUCUCACCAUGGGCACAAUUGAUACUUUGGGUGGGAUAUUUCUUCAGCACGUGGGACUGUCCUGUUCCUUGUGAGAACAUUCAGCACCAUUUCUUUUUCUCAUUAAAGAGCGGCUGAAGCCCCAGUCA